AUGGCACCGCCAUGGCCCUCGUAUACCAAGGUCAUUCACUCCGCCACAUAUGCUGGCAUUGAUCCAGGCCAGCCCAGCCUCUCUACUGCGAAUAAAGUUGUAUUCAUAACUGGCGCAUCUGGCGGCAUUGGCCGAGCCACAGCUUUAUCUUUUGCCGCGUCAGGUCCCCGAGCCCUCAUCCUUCUCGGUCGACGCGCGGACGCCCUGGCGGAAACCGUCGCGAUUGUUCACGCCAGUCACGCAGCGAUAAGGGUCCAGACCCAAGAGGCUGAGCUGUGCGAUGUUUUGAGCGUACGAAUGGUCAUGAACAGGGUUGCUGCCGAGUUUGGCGGCAUUGACAUUCUCAUUCACUGUGCUGGCGUCUUGGCUCCCGUUGGUCCACUCCUGGAGGCUGAUCCGACUACUUUUCUGAACGGCUACAAGACUACCGUGAUCGGUACUCUGGUGACGGCACAGGCUGUUAUACUGGCAAAUAAGACAAUCAGUCCCAACGAAGAUAAGCCAGUCACCUUUAUCAAUUUGACCACCGCUGGCAUCAUCUUCCCCCCGUUCGCCGGCAUGGGUGCAUAUGUGAGCAGUAAGAUGGCUGCAGUCAAGGUCUUAGAGUCCUUUGCCGCCGAAAAUCCGCAAGUGCGUCUUCAUAAUGUACACCCCGGAUUUUUGGACACGGCUAUGUCUGCCAAGCUGUCAGAGUCAAUAAAAUUGCCAUUUGCGUUUGAUGACAUCACUGACGAUUCAUUCUCUUCAUUUUCUUUCAAAGUCUCUCUCCCCGCCGAUUUCCUUGUUUGGAUUGUUUCCCCCGAAGCAGAGUUUCUUAAGAACAAAAUCGUCUUCGCUGCUUGGGACGUUGGUGAGCUCAAGAGUCGCAAGAAGGAGAUUGUUGGUGGCCCGCAGGGAUCCGGUGAGCUGUGGCUCGGCUACCAAGGAUUCCCACGAUAUAUGGGUGGCCAGCCUUUGCCGCACACCCAGUAG